AUGUCAAACAUUCGAUCAUUCGAAAUCUCGGUACCCGAGAGCCUUCUAGAGGAGACCAAGACAAAAUUACGUUACGCUCGGCUCGACGAUGGUAUGAACAACGUUCAAUGGAACGAUCUUGAGAUUGGCCAUGUUGCUUUCAAAGAGGUUGUUGAAUUCUGGCGCGAUGACUACGACUGGCGAAAACACGAACGUUAUCUGAAUACUUUCAACCACUUCCGGGCCUCGAUCACUGUCCCCAGUUUCAACGCUCUCGACAUACAUUUUCUUCACCACCGGUCGUCCAGGCCAGAUGCGAUACCUCUCAUUUUUGUACAUGGCUGGCCAGGAUCGUUUCUCGAGGCAACAAAGUUGAUUCCUCUUUUGACAGAGCCUCCAGAAGAGAGACAGGCCUUCCACGUGGUUGCGCCGUCUAUCCCAGGUUACGGUUUUAGCGAAUAUUCCAAGAAAUCAGGAUUUGGCCUUGCGCAUCAUGCGGAGUGUUUCGCGCUACUAAUGAAGGAACUUAACUACGAGCAGUAUGUAGGAGGGGACUGGGGCUCAUCCGUGGUCCGAUAUAUGGCUCUAGACCAUCCGGAAAGUGUUCUUGCCAUCCAUAUCAACAUGUUCCUCGCUUUGCCUCCAGUCGAGAAGAAAGCCCCUGAGAAGUAUGCCCGAUACGUUGCGAACGAUUACAGCAUUCAAGAGAUCAGAAACCUUGAACGGACUCACUGGUUUGCGACUGACGAGCGUGGAUAUCAACGGAUCCAGGAGACGAAGCCUGUAACUCUAGGCUAUGCACUCCACGAUUCUCCGGUUGGGAUGCUAGCCUGGUUUGUUGGCAAACUCAAGGCUUGGACAGAUGACUACCCAUGGACACCAGAAGAGCUGAUACACUGGGCAUUCAUCCACUACCAGGGUAGCCCAAGCGCCGCGAUGCAAAUUUACAAAGAAGCUCAAGCAGUUUUGAACAACGAUGCAUCGAGUAUGCUAGGGAGAUACAUCUCGCAGCCAGUUGGAGGCUCUCUGUUCCCCAAAGAGCUUUGGCUUUAUCCACGUGAUUGGGUUUCAGAAGCUUGCAAUAUCCGGAUGUGGAAACAGCAUAGCCGCGGCGGCCAUUUCAUUGCGUGGGAGCGACCGGAACAACUUGCUGCCGAUGUGGCAGAAUUUUACAGCAAAAAUGGGCCUGUUUUUGGCAAGCUGGAUCAUGUAGAAGAGCUCUACGAAGGCGGAUGUGUGAAGAAUAUCGGAGUCUCCAACUUUAACUCGCAAUCGAUCUUCGACAUCUUCACAUACGCAAAAGUGAAGCCAUGCAUGUUGCAGAUUGAACAUCACCCAUACUUAGUUCAACCCAAUCUCGUCGACUUCUGCAGAGACCAAGGAAUUAUGGUCACCGGCUACAGUUCAUUCAGCCCACAAUCAUUCCUUGAGCUUCCACCGACCUUCCCGACCAAGGCUUCGCAGAUGCAGUCGCUGUUCGAAGUCCCCUUGAUCCAACAACUUGCAGCCAAGUACGGGAAGUCGCCAGGACAGGUUCUCUUGCGAUGGGCUGUACAGAGGGGUAAAUGCGUUAUCCCAAAGAGCAGUUCUAAGGAGAGGAUGAGGGAGAACCUGGAUGUGUUGGGUUUCGAACUGGCAUCCGAGGAACUGAGCGAGAUCGCUAGUCUUGACCAAGGUCUGCACUUCAACGAUCCUGGCGUCUACCUCCCUGGUCGACCUUUGCGCCUAUUUGCAUGAUUCUUGCUACUUUUCAGAUUGCGAUCAGAUAGUAAGGUGUCUCGCAGCCAUUGUUUAAAGCAAUGUAGAGGCCUGAGGAGGGACCGCGACGAGAUUUGAAGCUGCAUUUCACAGACAUAGCAGUUUUCCCUAUCUUGACACAUAUGCAGCCUAACAAGAAAUAUCAAAGUAAGACUGAUCAAGCUAGAACAAUAGUUAACCAGCGAGGUCUGCAGUCUUUCCAUAACUUUAGGUCGACAGUGCCAAUUGCGAUUCUUCUCGCGACUCCGUCAUCAUCGCGACUGAUCAACAUGACAUGCAGGUACCAUAUACUGUCCUCCAUUCUUGGUCGCUGAUACUCGCCAGACGUGUGUAAAGUCGCGUGUGUUUGAGCGUAACGAGAGUUCUCCGAAGCUAUUCCAGCUGUGAUG